AUGUCACACCUUGAAGAUUCUAAUCGAACAGAUAACGAAGCUCAUGUAAUUCAAUCAUCGAAGAUUGAAUCAACUCAAAAAAAUAAAAAAGCAAUGAUGUUACAAUUGUUAUUAAUGCUGUUUGUCGAUAUCGGUUUACCACUUAUUCUUUAUUUUGUCCUUUCAAAAUAUCUACCAACAAUCUGGGCACUAGUUAUAUCAGGUGUCCCACCAACAAUUUCAGUUAUAAUUGGUUUUAUCUUUCGUAGACAAGUUAACUUGAUAGGUUUGCUCGUUGUAAUUGGAUUCAUUGUCGGAAUUAUAUUAUCUGUAAUUGAGGGUGAUCCGAGAAUAUUUUUACUACGAGAUUCAUUUUUUACUGGUGUAUUCGGUUUAUCAUUUAUAAUCACUUUGAUUCCGAUCAAAAUUGGUUCAUUCGAAAUGCGACCAUUAAUAUAUUAUAAUGCCAAAAAUUUAGGAAUGGCAAACCUUAAAGGUUUAACAGAAGAUGAACCUAUACCUGAUCGAAAGUUAGUUCGUGUUAUCAUUGUUUUUCGCUCUCCAACAGUUGACGAUGCAGUUUAUUAUGGAAAUAUUUUUCUUUAUAGUUGGUUGGGUUGUUUAGCUUUAUUUACCGUUCUUUAUUCAAGAUAUAAGCAAAAGAAAGGUGAGCAAUUGCUUAAAGAAGAGGAAGAGGCUGCCGCUGCUGCUGCAAUUUAA